GAGGAGGCUGAGCCACACUGAGCAUCCUGGCUGCGGUGUUUUUGUCUGUCAGUGAGCGCUCCCGGGGCCGAGACGGCUGAAAGGAUUUCCAAAAAAGGGGGGAGGCAGGUGCCGACCUCAUAAGCGUGAGAGAAAGGAAGGGAGUUGCCGUCGAAGCUGUAUGGUGAUCGUUAGCGGGUGACUGACAGCAGCAUCCAGCCUUAAAAUGGCCCAAGUGCUGCAUAUGGACCCUGGCUUCCCAGGGAAACUCAGCUCGCCAGCUCCCCCGUCCUUACACGGCAAAGAACAGGAGGCGCCCUACUCAGUGGAGACCCCCUACGGCUACCGUCUGGAUCUAGAUUUCCUCAAGUAUGUCAACGACAUAGAGAAGGGAAACACCAUCAAGAAGGUGCCGAUUCAACGCCGUCCGCGCUAUGGCUCGCUGCCCCGCGGCAGCUAUGGCUACACAGGCUCCUGGUGGACCUCCACCGAGUCUCUGUGCUCCAAUGCCAGCAUGGAGAGUCGUCACUCCUCGUAUUCCUACUGCGCUCCGGGCUACCACACCACACAGAGGCCCAGCUUCAGCACCGCUCGUGUGGAGAAGACCUUACUGGAUGCGCGCAGGAAGCUGGAAGAGGAGAAAGAAGGACGGAGAUUCUGUAACCUGGGUAGCAUGCACAGCAGCGUGGCGGGCUCCAACACCUCCAUCAGCAGCGCGCACAGCUUCAACCGAGCCCAGGGCGGGGGAGGAACCUUCACUCCCGUGAGCUCCGGCCUCUCCACUCCGGUGACACCCACUCCGGCUCACCUGCAGCACGUCAGGGAGCAGAUGGCAGCCGCCCUUAGGAAGAUCCGAGACCUUGAGGAGCAGGUGAAGACCAUCCCUGUUCUACAGGUGAAGAUCUCUGUGCUGCAAGAAGAGAAGCGGCAGCUCAGUGUCCAACUGAAGAGUCAGAAGUUUCUGGGCCACACAAUGAGUUUUAAUCGAGGUCGGAGCAGAGGCGAGCUGUACAUCGAUAUCCCAGAAGAAGAUGUGAGCUCCGGAGCGAAGGACAACGGCAAAACAUCUGUGCCGCUAUCUCCCACCACACCCGAAGGCUCCAAACAAGACUCAGGAUGUGAGAUUGAGGACACAGUUAUCGUCGCCGGAGCCAGACCGGAUGCAAAGCGAGAGGUGCGCACUAUUGGAGUCGGACCAGAGGGAGAGAAGAGCAGCCGGCAGGUUGGGGUCGGAGUUCGGGAGGUCGAUCUGGGGCUACUACCUGAGGCUGAAGCUUUAAAGAAUCAAGUGGUUCACCUGGAAGGUCAGCUGAAAAGAAUGAUGGAGGAGCUGCAGGCUACUUCUGCCCGGAAGGACACUGGCCCUCGGGCGGAGCACCCAGUGAUGGCCACCAGUCUGGGAUGGCAGGAGCUACAGGACAGCAACCUGCAGACUCUUGUCACCUUCACGCAGCAGUCCCCACACAGGGAACAGAGGACUGUUGGGAUCCAGGUGUACACUCUGGAGCAACCUACUGUGGUGGAAGUGGGCUCUCUGCUGCGAGCGGUGAGCUGCAGCCCACCUUCUGCGGGCAUUGUUGACCACAACAGAGGACCAACUGAAGGUUCAACAGUAGGUGUGCCGGUCGCAGUCAGUUCCAAGCAGGUCCGUGAUGUUCUCAAGAGCGAGCUGUCCACCUCAGUACCCGUAUCCAACCCCGCCAUGACUGUAGGCACCGCCGAGAAUCAGAUGGCCGCUGUCAUGUAUUUCAAAGAGGAGGAGACAUGCCUUGACCGUAGCGCGGAGACUUUUCAGUCACAAGAUGGCCACACGACAGCCUCGUCUCCGCUAUCGUAUCUGAGAUCCAUCAUGAAACGGAAAGCAGAGGGGGAACCGGGCUCGCCAUCUACGAAGAAAAACCUACAGUUCAUCGGUGUUAAUGGAGGGUACGAGUCAACAUCGUCAGACGAUAGCAGCAGCGACAGCUCGGACGAAGGGAGCGACUCCAGCGAGUAUCACGAAGCCCGGGAAAAACUACCAGAGUCCGCGUCCAAACACCAGCCGACCCCCCAGCCUAUAGAGGACAACGGCGUACCUCAGCAUCCGGCCGAUGAAACAGCGGCCGAGGAUUCCUCCUCUCAGCCUGCAACAACGGACCAAACGGCGACCGAGUGUGGAACGCCAGAACGUGACUCCCAGACGUCGCCACCCGGCGCCAAUCUUGCACCUCCAUGUCCCGCCAAGGGGUCUGCCUGCCAGGAGAGUGUCAGCCUGCCGUCAACCACCAGCACUGAAUCCAACUCGCAUGUUACCUCCUCAGCAGCUCAGUGCGUCGCUCAGAGUCCAGAUGUUGCUCGGCAGCUGGCGGCGGACGCUACUGCCCCGUCCGACCAACCCACGCCGCCUCCUGAGAGCACUCCCACUAAACAAGUCAGGCUGGAACUAAGCGAUAGCUUGAUGUCGGCUCUUCAUGACCUUCAGAAAGCCCUUGGAGAGCCUAACGCCUUCAGCGAACAAAACGCCAGGGCGGCGUACACCAACGUGCUGCAGGAGUGGCUGCGCGUGUCCUGCCACAAAGCAGCGGACGUAGCGGCAGUCGAGGCCUACACGGACGCCUUCGCCGCGGUCUCCCCUCAGCUGCUGGAGUUUAUUAUCAACAUGGCGGACGGAAACGGGAACACGGCGCUGCACUACACCGUCUCGCAUUCCAACUUCCCUGUGGUCAAACUGCUGCUUGACACCGGCUUGUGCAACGCUGACAAGCAGAACAAAGCGGGCUACACCGCCAUCAUGCUCACCGCUCUCGCCGCCUUCCAUUCUGACAGCGACCUUCAAACUGUCCUGCAGCUGCUACGCACCGGCGACGUCAACGCCAAAGCUAGCCAGGCCGGUCAGACGGCACUGAUGCUGGCGGUCAGCCACGGCCGGGGGGACAUGGUGCGGGCCCUCCUGUCCUGCGGGGCGCAGGUCAACAUCCGCGAUGACGACGGCUCCACGGCGCUCAUGUGCGCCUGCGAACACGGUCACGUGGACAUUGUGCGUCAGCUACUGUCUGUGCCGGGCUGUGAUGCCACUCUCACUGACAACGAUGGCAGCACGGCGCUCUCCAUCGCUCUGGAGGCCAGCCAGAAUGACAUCGCUGUGCUUCUUUACGCUCACCUCAACUUUGCAAAGCCCCCUUCCCCUGUUUCACCAAAGUCCCCUCUCCUGGGUUCCUCUCCUCCUCCUCCUGCUGGUGAAACAAAAUAAGUCCACUGGUUCUGUGGUUCUGCAGCUGACAGGACAACAACACUUUUGUGUGUUUUACACCCCCCGUUCAUUUAAGCACAUUAUCAUUUGCAGAUGGUCACACCUCCACCGUUGUUAUCAGCCUUUACAGCUGUGUUUUCUGUGGGGAGAGAGAGAAGGGUGUCAGCUAAACUCCAGCUCACAUUUGGUCACUAAUAACAUGAAGAUUAUGUUUUCGUUGCCGCAUAUUCACAUUUAUAAUAUAAUAUAAGUGUCCUUGAUCAGUUGCCUCCACACGGUCUGCGGUGCUACAAGAUUCUGCACUGCCGUGACUGUUUUAUCCGUAUUUAUACAAUAUAUCAAACUUUAUGCACUCUAUUUUUGAUAGUUUUUCCUCAGGACUUCAGUGGAUUACUAUUUUUAUUUGAACCAGCAAAGUCAUGAUUUUAUGUGUGGGGUGCAGUAAACAUUCCCGAAAAAGGCGAGAGUAUUCUGUGUUGCCAUUUGUGAAGCUUGGCAGUAAAGAAAGAGUUUGUAAUUGCUGCGGUCGUGUAUGAAGGAACAGAGCAGCGGGAGCAGGAAGUGACAGAUGAGGGUCUGUGAAGUUGUGUAUGAUAUCUGAAUAAUAUAUGUGUCAACUGGUAGCUAAUACAACAGUAAAAAUCGAAACACUCGAGGCUGUUGAUGUCGACCUUUCUAAUACUUUCUAACCCGGCAGAUUUCAUAUUCACUUUUUUGAGCAACUCAAUCUUUUAUAAACGUGUUCUUAAUUUAAGCAUCUAUCUUUUUUAUACAUGUAGGGUUUUUAAGCUCACGCCUACUUUAUGUAACCUGCGCAGAUCUUAAUUAAGCUCAUGUGUCAUAUGAAGGGUUAUGUACAAUUUUUUUAGACUGUGUUUCUUCUAUUAUGUGUGCAUUUUUUUUGGAAGAAUUAAUAAUAAUAAAUAUGGACCACACUGUUCCUGUUGUUCCUUA